AUGGACGGCACACGGUCGGCAUCGAGCGAAGAUGCGAGCGAUGCGGGUACAGUAUUAAAGAAUAUCGAUGUGCAUCAUUCUAGUUUAUCGUCACACCUGCGCCUCAUUAAAUCGCUCCAACCCGAUGUAGGGGCAGACACAGUUUCACAGAUUUUGGACAGCGCGCAAAAGCUAGUUGACCAAUUUACGGCAUUACAGAAGCAGCUUGCAUCUAGUGGAAUUGGCACAAGCACCGAAAAUCCGAAACCGAAAACCAAAACACCGCGCAUACCCAAGAAAACGAACGGCAUUUCUGGAAUGGAAAAGGCGAAAAGCGCAGACAGCACGGGAGUAUCUGCACAAGGAGGAGCCGGCAAAAAGCGAUCGUGGGACAAUGACUUGUCGGAAGGGCAAGAAUCAAGCAUUGACUAUACGGAUAAUCAGUCUUCGCGGAAAAGGCCAAGAACUAAGCGGAAAAUGCCGGGGGACAGUGACGCGGUGGAAGAUUUUGUGCCAGUUGCACUUGAAAAGGACGACAUUUCGGAGGAGGUUGAGCAGCGAUUGAGACUCAAGCAGGAACGCCGGAAGAAACUGAGCGCCGAACCAGAGAAAAAAAGAAAGCGCGACAGCAUCGAGUCGAACAAUGGGGAUAGAUGGAAGCGCUCGAGGGAGUGAUGUUGUCCGGCUGACUGUGAAUUUCCCA